CGAUCAUCACCAUCUCCAGCCCAAACACUCUAGACAGUUCUCAUAACACUGUUCAAACGAUGAAUGUGAUAGUAGAACACACGGAGACCAUCAAGCCGUCUUCUCCGACGCCUCCCAACCUCCGCCGCCAUGGCCUCUCCUUCCUCGACCAGAUCUCGCCCCCCAUCUUCAUGCCCCUCCUCCUCUUUUUCCCCAAAGACGACCUCCUCACCAACGAGGAAAAACUCUCCAAGCUCAGGCGGUCUCUCGCCGAAACCCUAACUCGAUUCUACCCGCUCGCUGGGCGCUCAAGAGACAACCUCUACGUCGAGUGCAACGACGAUGGCGUCCCCUUCGCGGUGGCUCGGGCCACGUGCCAGCUCUCGGAGGUCCUCGAAAGUCCUGACCCCGAGAAGCUUGACCGGCUCUUGCCCUUCAAGCUCUACGACUUGGGGGAUCUCACCACCGCCGUGCAAGUCAGCUUCUUUGAGUGCGGAGGGCUGUGCCUCGCGCUAUGCCUCUCCCACAAGCUGGCUGACGCGUUGUCAUUCUUCUCUUUUCUCAAUAGUUGGGCUGCGAUCACUCGCGGCGAUGGUGGCCAUAUAAUAUCUCCCAUUUUCGAGUCAUCCUCUCUGUUCCCGCCGGUAAAUCUAGUGGGAUAUGCACCGAGUACGGGGCUUCUGAAGGAAGGCCUUGUAACGAAGCGGUUCGUCUUCGACGCCAGAUCGAUAACCACCCUUCGAGAUAAGUAUAGCACUGCUGAGAUAGCGGAGGCCGAAGGCCAGAGAAGGCGGCCAACUAGAGUCGAGGCCUUGUCGGCCUUCUUGUGGAGGCGAUACAUGGAGAGCACGCAAAAGAAAGGGGACCGCAUCAGCGAGAAUGACAAGAUAUACACGGUGCUACAUGCAGUGAACUUGCGUCCGAGGAUGGAUCCGCCAUUGUCAGACCGCCAUUUUGGGAACAUUAGCAGGAUUGCCCUAACGAGGCCAACCGUUGAUACUGAUGAACAUAUGAUCGUGAACCAGGUGAGAGAAGCAAUAAAGGAAGUGGACACGAGCUACGUGAAGAAGCUAAAAGAAGGAGAAGGGCACUUGAACUUCUUGAAGGAACGCUCGUCCCAGAUCACGAAAGGCGAGAUUGUGCCCUUCAGCUUCACAAGCCUGUGUCGGUUCCCUACCAACGAGGCCGACUUUGGGUGGGGCAAGCCUGCAUGGGUCGGGUCCUCUGCGUUUCCUUUCCGGAACCUCAUCGUCUUCUUGGACACCAGAGACGGAGGAGGCAUAGAAGCAUAUGCUAAUCUCAAGCCGGAGGACAUGGCCUUGUUUGAGAAGGACAAGGAGCUUCUUUCAUUCGCAUCAUCAUCAGCAUCUCCGAAGGUGGAAUAUGCAUAGCUGGCGAUGUUCACACCAUGCGUGUUGACCGGUGUGCUGAUGCAACUGUCUAUGUCCUUACUGCUAUGUUUAUCUCCGGUUCUUUUAUGUGCUGUAUGCAUAUCCUGCACUUCUAUGGUAGGGGCUCAAGCCUCAAGGAGUGAUGAAUAAGCACAAGAUUAAAAACAGUGAUAUAAUCAAGAGUGCCUCUUUUCUAUA